GAUCCGUAUUCCUGCCAAGCCGCGGUUCACUUCUGCUAAUCUUGGUGGGGAAGAUGGAUACUUUGAAUUGGGGUCUCGAUUCAAGGCAGCGCAUGUUAAAUUGAUCAUUUGGUGGCUCUCCAAAGAAUGCCAGAUGGUGGCAGACGCGAACCCAUCUGAACCAGUCCUCAACGUGCUGGCGACAUCGGUUUGGGGCCUUCAGAGAUUCAUUGAGCUGAUGGACCAUGGGGGAAUGAUCUUCACGACUGACGAAGCAAGUGAGGCAAAGACAUGUCUAGAUCUACACCUGAAGGCCUACUAUUGGCUCAGUGCUCAUUUAUAUUCUAGAAGGGAAUUGCUCUUUAAGCUCCGAUGCAAGUCCCACUACCAUUUCCACAUGGGGGAAGAAGUGAUCAGUACUCGGAUCAACCCAUCCAUGUAUCACAACUUUAGUGAGGAAUCCUUCCUCGGGAAGAUCAAGGCUGUUGCAAUUCGCUGUCACGGCCGCACUUGCACUCAGAGAGUGCUCCAACGCUAUUUGCUGUGCUUAGCGAUUUGCCUAAAUGACUUUGACAAGACAGAACGCCGAUGGGGAUAG